AUGUCAUUAACUAACCCAGUUCCCAUCUCAGAUUACCAGUGCUGGAACUUCAAAUCGACAAACGAUAUAAGACAGAGAUAUCAUAACAAUAUCAACAACUUGAGAAGAGAUAUCGCUAAUGGAGCGUUGGCGCAAUCCACGAAGUGGCCUCGAGGUCAGAACAUCUAUAGGCUGUACUGGGAUUGCAAACUGGAGGAAGAGGCACAAGCGCUUGUUGAACAAUGUUCACUUGAUGUGAAGGAGCCAGAUAAUGCGGCGCUUGUUAUAAGCAGUGCCGACGCGAGUAAAACAUGCGAUCGACUGACGUUCCUUAAGACACAGGUGGUAGGUUGGUGCGAUGCGAAAACAGUGGGUGCCCCAGCAAACCCGCCAAUCUACGAUGGCGAUUCCAAAUUCGAAAAAAUUGCAAAGUUUGCUCACGGAAAGGCCACCAAACUUGGAUGCGCUCAGAAAAUGUGCGGUAACCAGCUCUAUAUGGCUUGCCUUAUUUUUGCCAAGGGUACUGAGAAGGAUCAGCCAAUCUAUGAAACCGGCAACGGUUGUUCGAGACCUGAUGAAUGUACGACGUACGCUGGAUCGAAAUGCAGUAAUACCGUUUGUCUUGCCGGAUAUAUCAACAUAUCAACUGCAACAACAACGCCGGCGCCAGCGACAACAGCGGCAGCAGCAACUACAGCGGCAGCAGCAACUACAGCGGCAGCAGCAACUACAGCGGCAGCAGCAACUACAGCGGCAGCAGCAACUACAGCAGCUGCUGCAUCAACGGUACCUCCAGUACCUGAUUCAAAUUACAUCAAAUCAGCACAGACAACAAUGUGUCCUACCAAUGCCCACAUAUCCACAGACGCUAUAAGGACUAUCUACCUUGAACGCCAUAACUACCACAGAUCACGACUUGCACGAGGUUCACAAAAGAAUGGAGCGUGGGGAACGGCACGUCAAGCUUCGAAAAUGAUCAAAUUGACAUACAACUGCGCCCUAGAGAAAAGCGCCUUCGAAUAUGCGAUGCAGUGUAAGGAUGCAGAUUCUGGUUACAGUUCUGAGAAUCGUUACACGUUCCCGAACACAGCGCUCGCUAUGGAUGUAAUCGCAACGAGGGCUCCAAAUCGUUGGUGGUUGGAAAUCGAGAACAAAGGAAUGGAUCAGAAUGCGGAUCUCAACAAAUUCCGUGCCAAUCAUGGAGUUUCACACUGGGCAAGGAUGGCUUGGGAUAGCAAUAAAUCUGUCGGUUGUGCCGCCUACAAAUGCCCUAACUUUAUUAAUGCAAUCUGUCGAUACGAAAGCGGUGGUGUUCAGGGAGAACAAAUCUACAAGAUGGGACCUGAAUGCAAGCGUUGUUCGACUAUUAACACAAACAAAUGCGAAGAAGGCCUUUGUGUUCUCUGA